AUGCGCGGCUAUCGACAGAGUCUGGGCAGAAUCGCGGAAGUGUCGGAAUCUUCAGCUGCUAACCCGGACAGUCACGCUCGAAAAACAUCUCACAAUGGGAUAGAGUCGGGGCCUGCAGUACACUUCCCAGAUCAACUUGACAGCGAGAACUCGAAACAGAGGAAUAAGCUACCUGAGGGGGACAAUGAGACUGCAGCCACUCGUACGGGCAUCUGGACUCGACGUCGACUGAAUUUGGCAAUAUUCAUCGUCUUUUGUCUCACGACCCUUCAACUACAAAUCAGCAAUCAUCUCAUCGUUCACACCAUGAGCACUUUUGGAAAACAUCAUCUAACAGCGACGAAUGGAAUUGUUGCCAGCAUCAUUGGAGCUGUGAUCAAGCUCCCUAUGUCCAAAGUGGGAAAUACUUGGGGUCGAGUUGAGAUGUUUGUUGCAGUUGUGCUUGUGACAGUACUUGGCCUCAUUCUGGCGGCGAUUGCUAAGAAUGUGACACUGUUCAUGGUUGCACAGACUUUGUGCUGGAUUGGUUAUGAUGCAAUUUCCUAUAUCCUUGGUAUCGGUAUAGCCGAUAUAACCUCCAUUAAAGACCGAGGCUGGCUUUUCGCGGUCAGCAAUCUACCACAUCUCAUCAAUACGUUCGUCGGUCCUAUUGCAGCGCAAUCGCUUCAUAAACGCGGCAACUGGCGUUGGGCCUAUGGCGCUUUUGCAGUCAUUUUGCCACUGUUUUCCUUGCCGUUAGCAGCCACGCUAUUCGACGAUCCUCGAAGACACACACAAGGGACCCAAAAGCCUCAAGAGGCCUCGGAACCUUUGACGCGCCGACAGAGGGUGUGGAGAGUAACCAAAAGCAUUUUGAUAGAGUUUGAUGUUAUCGGCGGCAUUCUUCUCGGGGCAUCUUUUGCAAUGCUUCUCCUGCCUCUUAGCUUCGGAGUGUUUUCACAGAAACCUUCCAAGGCCCCUCGUCUGGCGUUCAUGCUAGGUUUGGGUGUCUGUUUGCUGCCCAUUCUCGUCAUGUGGGAGAGACAUCAGUUCAAGACUCGCAAUGUUGCUUUUCGUGGCCUCAUCAAUCCAACCAUACUCGGCGCGUGUAUCUCCAGCGCAGCGCUCUUUGCCAGUUUUUACUGUUUAGACUCUCACUUCCUAUCGUACCUUCAAGUGGUCCAUAAUCUCACGGUAUCAAAAGCGGGAUAUGUGCACAACGUCUACAUCGUUGGAUCCUGUUUUUUUGCAUUAUGUACUGGAAUCUCGAUACGCCUCAACGGAAAGUACACAAUUUUGGCUCUUGCAGCUGCUGCUUUCGAUUUCCUAGCGACAGGUCUGACCAUAAUCACCCGUCAAUCUAACAAGACACCGUGGCACAUCAUUGCAAAUCAACUGAUGCUAUCUUUUCCUGGCGGUACAAUGGGAAUCUGUGGAACGAUGGCGGUUAUGGCUGUGGUUGAAACCUCGGAGGUGCCAAUAUCACUUGCAUUGUUCAGUCUAUUUACAGGACUCGGUGCUGCCACCGGACGGGCCGUUGCAUCAGCUCUAUAUAUCAACUAUAUGCCCAAAUUAUUGGAGCAAUACCUCCCUCUUGAUGCAAAACCAUGGGCCAAAACGAUCUACGAAAGCCUCAACCAGCAACUCAGUUACCCGAUGGGCAGCCCCGUCAGACACGCAAUCAUUCGAGCUUAUGAAGAGUUUAUGCGGCAUACAUGCAUUGCAGGGCUGGGGUUUCUACCGAUAGCACUACUGUUAGCGGCACUAUGGGAGAACGUCAAUGUCAAUGAAUUACACGAAGGAAGGCGGAUCGUGGUCUGA